AUGAAAUCUUCUUGGUCAGGGGAUCUUCCCCAGAGGCUCGGUGGCAAGCUUGGAGAUGCAGCUGUCUUUGCCCUGAAAGUCGCCCGAUCCCCCCAACUCUAUCUUGACAGUGGCUGGACGGCAUGCCGGGCAUAUCUUUUCUCGGUCAUCUUCAUCUCUCUCCUUUUGUCCAAAGCAUUCCACAUUUUUGUCCAUCUCAAUUCUUUGACGAUAUUAUCCCUCGUCGGCUGGGGCCCCACGUUCUUUUUCGCGGAUCUCGUGCUCAUUUUGCUCGCGCGCUGUCUGGCCCGAUCGUACGAAUGGCGAACCACACGAACAGUAGCAGCCAUUGCUACUGUACUAUUUAGCUUGUAUACCUCGGCGAUCACCUCUGCAAACAUAUCCUAUACCGUCAACAUGGGCUCGGAGAUCCGGUGGCGGAAAUCGAGUGGCUUCCAUACCAAGAAUCCCUCUUUCGGGCUCGUUCUGUCCGCCGUGGCUGUCGCUUUCCUCGCCCAAGGAGGUAUCAUGGUUGCCGCAUACUUCGCCACACCUCAUCUUUCUAGGGCUACCGCGGCCUUUUUGCGACUGUGGGCUGCAGUGCUGUCUGCCGCGGUAGGAUACUUCCGUCGGAAAAAGGAAACCCUACCAGAUCCCGCGAUAUACGAGCAGAUAGCGAUCGAUGACUAUGACGGUGAUGACAGUGACUCUGUCGCACUGCUGGAUGCACCGGGAACCUUGCCCGAGCAGAAGCAGAAGAGCAGCCCGUCGCUCGUGAAGCGUGUCAUCGUUCUCGUGUGUACCUUGGUCUUCCUCUUCUUCCGUGGCAUUCGUCCAAAAGAUGUGGUUUACAGUUUCCUUUCUGUAUCCCUGCCUCUUGCGCCAUUCGCCGGAAUCUUCUACCCUGUUCCUCAGGGCACUGUUGCAUCGCUGCCUGGUGAUUUCCUCUGGCUGGAAGGUCGUACUGCUCUGGAUACCUUCCCCAAAUUCGAAUGGUUGGCUGCGAACGGCUCACCAGAUGCCUUCCCAGAUUGGUCCCCCUUCCUUUUCGAACACUUGAACGGAACUGCCGAUAAGGAGUAUCUACACUAUAACCCAGCGAAAGAUCCGCUUCACAUUCCGAACCUGCAAAACGACCUUUUGGAUACCAUCCGUGAUGUUCUCCGCAAAGGAGAUGUCAAGAUCAAGCAUGUUAUUCUGGUCAAGUUGGAGAGCAAUCGCCAGGAUGUGUUCCCCUUCCGUUCCGACUCCUAUAUCAUGAAGCACAUCAAAGAGUCCUAUGGUGGCCAGAUCCCCGAUGAGAUUAUGGCCAAACUCGCCGAUCUCACCCCUACGGCUGAAAGGUUGACUGGGUUCUCGACUGGAUUCGAGAGCGCUACGCCUCGCCCGAAGCCCUACGGUGGUAUCAGUGCCAAGAAGGCUUACACCUCCGGUACCUAUACUAUGAAGAGUAUCACAGGUACUAUGUGCGGUGUAAACCCCAUCGCUGCCCAAAAAAACUUCGAAUACUCACACGAUAUUUAUCAGCCUUGCCUGCCGCGCAUCUUUGAGGCGCUGAACCACCAAGCAAACAUCUCUAAUGAGUCGGAAGAUUGGACCAACUGGCCGUGGCACCCUAAAUGGAUGCAAUCUCACUACGGCACAUAUGACCACCAGGAACAGCUUACUCCGCACAUGGGAUUCAAGGAUAUCACCACGAAGGAAACGAUCAAUGCAGACGGUGCUAAAUACAUUCCCGAAGAGCCGGAGGAGGAGCAGAAAUGGGGCCACCCGGACAAGACACUGAAGUUGUAUAUCCGGGAUGCAUUUGAGGAAGCGAAAAAGAACAACAACCGCCUCUUUAUCGCUCACCUCACUCACAACACUCAUACCCCUUGGUUCAAGCCCGGUGAAUACGACCAGCUGCUUGGAAAUUCGGAUGGUUGGAAUGAGAAAAUCAAUCGCUAUCUGAACACCAUCCGUUACCAGGAUGAGUGGCUGGCCGAUCUCCUUAACCUAAUCGAAGAAGCCGGAGUCGCCGAUGAGACCCUGCUCGUCAUGGCAGGUGACCAUGGUCUAUCCCUUCCAAACGACGGUGGUAUCACAGCCAACCACGACCCUCACGUCGCCAGUUUCCACGUCCCUCUCUUCUUGGCCCACCCAAAGCUACCCUCCGUCGAAGUCGACAGCGCUGUCCUCUCCACCCAGAUCCUCCCAUCCAUCCUCGACAUCCUCAUCGAAUCCGGCUCCGUCAACGACGGCUCGAUGAAGGUCCUCAAGGACCUGCUUCCCUUGUACGAGGGCCAGUCCUUGCUCCGUCCCCUCAUCCCCGAGCAGGGCAGCAAGCAAGAAUGGCACUUCUCCACAAUGAACCCCGGCGGUACCUGGAUUUCCAUGCGCGCAGCGGCAAAGCCAUACCGUCUCGUCGUGCCGCUCAUCCCCGAUGCACCAUGGCGAUUCACGGAUGUCGUCGCCGACGAAUUCGAGCUCUCCCCCCUGGAAGAUACCGACAUUACGGCUCUGUUCGAGGCGGUGCAGUCGCAACAUGGUAUCACGGCCGCCAAGUGGCUGAGCGAGGCUGCUCAUAUCUCCCAGUGGUGGAUUGCGGAGAAUCACCGCCGCUGGGGCUAUUCCCCCGAGGAAGCCAAACCAGCCGAAUAG